AGUUGCUUUUGAGCUGGCGCGUUGUUCAGUUUGUUGUGCGUUGCCUUCACGUGUUGUGUUGUGUAGUUUUUAUUGUGAAGAAGAAAAAUAAAGUGAGGUGAUCUUCCGAAAAAAAAUCCGCUGAAAAUCAGUUAUUUAAAUAAAAUUGAUUCCAUCUGCAACACUCUUCCUUGCGGGGAGCGCCUCACUUGGAGAUUUUGGGAGAGGAAAUCAAAUAAAAUUAAAAAAAAAAACGACUGAUCUUACGUGAUGGUGCUGUGCGACAAUGAUUUGGACACGUCGAGUAUAUCGCAGAAAUGGCAGAAAUUGCGAAGACGUUGCGCGAGCUUCAAGGCCACAGCAUCGGGACCAUCAUCAUUGGAUUCCGACACUAAUUACAUACUAACAGACACCCCGGCAUCGUAUACCCUCCUGGGGCAACGCGAUGAUCAACUGACCACGUGGAGGGCGGAUGGGGCACACCUGUGGCGUCGUAGUGAUUCCGCUGACAAGUACAGGUAUCACGAGUACCGCGACAUCAAUGUCAAUCGACCGGAUGUGGCGGAUAAAUUGAGUGCGAAACCCCCAAUUGGGUUACGGGAGCCAGUGUGGCGAGAUCACGACUGGGAGUGUUCAGUGAAGCGGUACGAAGAGCUGCCCGAGACGCCAAGAGUGAUGGGAAGACGGGAGAGGCUGCAGUACUACAGUGCAACAGAUGAACGGAAGUCCACGACCCCACAGCAGAGGAAGAAGUUGAGCUUCAGCAUGGACAGCGACAGUGGGAUCCCCAUUCCCGCAGCCAAGGAGAAGGAAUCUAAAUUCCCACUGCUGAAGACCUUCAAAUCCGCCUCGAUGCGUCUGCCGGGACAGAAGUCCUCCAUUCAGGAGGUGCAGCAACUGCUGCGGAAUAAAUUUACACGCCUCCAUGCGGGGCUGAGGAAGAGACGCGCCCUGUCUGUUCAGGAGGUUUUCCACACACCGCCCCCAUCGCAGUUCUACGUCCCAUCACCGGGUCACGAUGAGUACUGCGAGAGUGAUGGCCCAGCAUCAUUGCCCUUUGCUGUAAAUGGGGAUCGUUCACCUGAUCGCAGGCAGCAACAGCCAGCUAAAUUGCCAGAGAGAUCCACAGUGCGAUCGUGCGAACGCUCCUCGGUGCGAUCUUCAGCGCGAUCUCCACCAUCGAGGAUUGGAUCGCAGGCUGUGGCAAAGACACCAAGUCGCCAGGUGCCGGCAUCGAAGCUGCCGCUCACGGCGAAGAAGCCAAUUUUUGCAAUUGGUGGUCGUGUUAGUCAAGCCCCAGGGCCCCCAAAGAGUCCCCCCGUUGAAGGGCCCAAAGUCCGUGUUCGUCCACGCAGCCACUCCCCACUGAAGAACGGAACAGUGCGCAGCAGAGAAUCCGUUGGCUUCUUAGAGCGCAUCAACAAGCUAAUGGGGCAACAGCAGCUGCCACCGCGACCGGUGUCAACCACCAAUGCUGCCCCAAAGAAGCGAUCAACGUCCAUUGCAACCGUGAAGUGUGACACAGUUGUCGGCCGGACACCCACUCCGCCUGCAAGGAGGGCACUCAAGACACAACCGGAAGCCCCAAAACCGCCCACGCGUGACCGGAAAUCCAAACAGUCAGUGACUUCUUUGGCUGACAGAGAACUCCAUUCUGAGCUGUCGGAGGCGGAAGAGAGUAAAUUCUGCACAUUGCCACGCGGUGGGAAUGGUUUUACCAUUCGCCAGGCAAAGUUUUGCAAAGGAAAUGGCGCCAAAGGACUCGGGUUCUCCAUUGUGGGCGGCAAGGAUUCCCCAAAGGGUGCAAUUGGGAUCUACGUGAAGACAAUCUACAGUCAUGGGCAGGCAGCUGAGAAGGGAACUCUCAAAGAAGGCGAUGAAAUUCUUUCGGUUAACGGCAAGACUCUCCAGGGUCUAUCCCACCAGGAAGCCAUAGAUGUCUUCAAGUCCAUUAAAACAGGAGAUGUUGUGAUGCUCUUCGGUCGAAGGCAGCCAAAACGUCCACCUGAAAAUGUCCCCAGAAAAUAAAGGAAAAUACGAAAAUAAUUUAAAAUCUAAAAAUAUUUUUAAUUAAAAAAUAUGUCUGCCAAAAAAACAAAAAUUUCCAUCUCUAUAACAUUUAUACAUUAAAAAAGAAAUAAUUUAAUGUCAGUUUUUUUUUUCGUUUUGAUCUGUGAUGUUUUCCUGAGCGAGAGAGUACUUUUGUAUAUAGCGAAUUUUUGUGUGAAAUUUUGAUUUAAAAAUAAGAGAUAUUUAUUAGAAUUAAUUAAUAAAAAGAGAAAGAAAAUUAUGUUGUUAACCAAAUAACUCGACCAAAUGUCAAA